AUGACUGCAACGACACAAAAGCGCGUGGUCGUUGUUGGCCUGGGCAUGGUGGGCAUUGCUUUCAUAGAAAAGCUGCUCAAAUACGAUGCCAAAGCAAAAGAAUACUCCGUCACAGUCGUAGGAGAGGAGCCAUACCUUGCCUACAACCGUGUGGGACUCACAACAUUCUUCGAGCACCGCAAAGUCGAAGAAUUAUAUAUGAACCCAGAGGAAUGGUACACGGAAUCUAAUAGUUCAUUAAACUGCCAUAUCAACACAAAAGCCACACAUAUCGACAUCGAUAAGAAGAUAAUCGAAUGUGCAAAUGGCGAGAGUUACCCUUACGACAUCCUUGUUCUCGCCACCGGCUCCGAUGCUAUCCUCCCUCGCAUGAUCAAAGGAUGGGACGCCAACGGUGUCUUUGUAUACCGUAACAUAGACGACUUGAACAAGCUUAUCAAGUUCUCCGACGACAAGAAGGGUACCAACGGCGUCGUUGUGGGUGGUGGUCUUCUCGGUCUGGAAGCCGCCAAGGCCAUGCUGGACCUCGAAUGCUACAAGAAGAUAGAUCUGAUUGAGAAGUCUCGCCAUGUUCUCAGCAGGCAGAUUGAUGAGACGGCCGGAAAGAUGGUGGCAGAUCAGGUUCAACAGCUUGGUGUCAACAUCAACCUGGAAAAGGGUGUGUCCAGCAUGAAGACAGAUGAAAACAACAACCUCACAGGAGUCAUCUUCGACAAUGAAUCAGAGAUCGAAUGCUCAACAGUGUGCUUUGCGAUAGGUGUCAAGCCAAAGGAUGACCUUGCCAGGAGUGCGAAUCUCGAGGUCGGCCAGCGAGGCGGUAUUGUUGUCAACGACGACAUGAGGACAAGUAUGCCAGACAUCUACGCCAUUGGAGAAUGUGCCAGCUGGCGGGGAAUGGCCUACGGUCUCAUUGCUCCUGGCGUAGCAAUGGCCGAGGUCGUCGCCUUCAACCUCACCCAGACCACAGACCACAGCCCCCAGACCUUCAAGACGCCUGACAUGAGCACAAAGCUCAAGCUUCUCGGCGUCAACGUCGCCAGCUUCGGUGACUGUUUCGCUGACCGCGACGGACCCAUCACUCUUCCUCCCAAAUACGCAAAGAAGCUGGUCAAUGGCGACGCCAAGUCCACAAGUGCUGUGCAGGCUCUGACUUACAGAGACCCUUUUUCCAAUGUUUACAAGAAGUAUAUCUUUACCAAAGAUGGAAAGUACCUUCUCGGCGGUAUGAUGAUUGGCGACGUUUGCGACUACAUCAAACUCCUGCCUAUGGUCAAGUCUCAGAAGGAGCUUGACAUGUCUCCUAGCGAGCUUAUCCUUGGUGCGAAGAAGGGUGACGAGGAUGGCGAUGACCUGGAUGAUGAUGCUCAGGUGUGCUCGUGCCACAACGUCACAAAGGGUGACAUCGUCAAGGUCGUCAAGGACGGCACAUGCAAAGACGUCGCCAGUCUUAAGAAGUGCACAAAGGCUGGUACCGGCUGUGGUGGUUGCGUCCCUCUCAUCACCACCAUCUUCAAUAAGACCAUGGCCUCGAUGGGCCAGACCGUCACGAACUACAUCUGCUCGCACUUCAGCCACUCGCGUGCUGACUUGUUCAACAUCAUCAUGGUCAAGCGCCUCAAAUCCAUGGCUGAGGUGAUGCGCGAGGCUGGAAACGACAAGACGGCUCUUGGCUGCGAGCUUUGCAAGCCUGUGGUGGCGAGCGUUAUGGCUUCUCUCUGGAACAGACACGUCAUGGACAAGACCACUCACGGUCUGCAGGAGACCAACGAUCGCUUCCUGGGCAACAUCCAGCGAGACGGCACCUACUCCGUGGUUCCUCGUGUGUCAGGUGGAGAAAUCACCCCUGAUAAGCUUGUUGUUAUUGGUGAGGUUGCUCAGAAGUACAACCUCUACACCAAGAUCACUGGCGGACAACGUAUCGACUUGUUUGGUGCUCAGAAGCAAGAUCUCCUUGAUAUCUGGGGUCUGCUGGUUCAAGGAGGCAUGGAAUCUGGACAUGCCUACGCCAAGUCUCUACGAACUGUCAAGAGUUGUGUCGGCUCUACGUGGUGUCGAUACGGUCUCAGUGACAGUGUCGGUAUGGCAGUUCGUCUGGAGGAGCGAUAUAAGAGUAUCCGAGCCCCUCAUAAGAUCAAGGGCGGUAUAAGCGGCUGUGUGCGCGAGUGUGCUGAGGCCCAAAGCAAAGAUUUUGGUUUGAUAGCCACAGAAAAGGGUUGGAACAUCUUCGUUGGUGGCAAUGGCGGUGCAAACCCUCGUCAUGCUGAGCUACUAGCCAAGGAUGUCCCCCCAACCGACGUUGUGACGAUUCUCGACCGAUAUCUCAUGUUCUACAUGCGCACCGCCGAUAAGCUCCAGCGAACAGCCCGUUGGAUCGAGAAUCUUCCCGGUGGUAUCAAGUACCUACAGGAGGUUAUCCUCGACGACAAGCUUGGAAUCAACGCCUCCCUCGAGGCGCAGAUGGAAGAGCUCGUCGACAGCUUCUUCGACGAGUGGGCCGAGGCUAUCAAGACGCCUGCCAUUGCUGCAAAGUUCAAGCAGUUUGCCAACACGAAAGAAACAACACGCAAUCUGGAGCUUGAGGACGAGCGUGGACAGAAGCGACCUGCUUUCUGGCCUUCUGAUGCUGCUGCGACCGACGACUUCCAGGGUCUCAAGGACAAGUGGUCCACAACUGAUUGGGAGCCCAUUAUCGAGUCAUCCUACUUUGACGGUGCUGAUGAGUUGCCCAACGGUAUAUCCGCCACUAUUAAGCGUGGUGACACUCAGCUGGCUAUCUGGCGCAUCAAGGGUGUCUACUAUGCCACCCAACAAAUGUGUCCUCACAAGCGUGCCUUCAUUCUUUCCGACGGUCUUAUCGGCCAAGAGAACCACAAGACAGAUCAAAACGGCGACAAGUCCGGUGCCUCGCCUUGGGUCUCAUGCCCUCACCACAAGCGCAACUUCGACCUUAGCGACGGCGCCUGCAAGACAGACGAGUCUCUAUCCAUCGCCACAUUCCCCACCGAGGCUCGCUCCGAUGGCAUGCUAUACCUCAAGCUCCCACCCGUGGAGGAGCUGGACAGUGCCCUGGGCACGAAGAAGUGGAUGGUCAAGAAGGGCGAGGCGGGCGAGGCACCGCUUGCGAAGCUCGAUACCAAGAUCAAGUUCGUGGGUGUGCGUGGCAAGAGGCCCUACGUCAAGCCCACGGGUGGUGCUAAGAUGACCACCAAGCCGCUUGAUCUGAUGAUGGCUUCUAAUGGGUGUGGAGGUGGUGCACCGGAGUGGUAA